GUGCUGGAAGUGCCUGCAUUCCGUGUCUGGCUCUCGAUCCACCAUGUUGCGUCUCAGCUCGCUGCAGGCUAUCGCCAUCGCCAUCGUCCUGAUCUCGGCAUCCGCUUUCGCCGAGGUGGUCAACUUCGUGCCCUGUGCCGACAGCGUGGACACCUGUACCAUUCAGCAGGUGAGGGUUUCCCCCUGCCCCGAGGCCCUCUCCAAUGCGGCAUGCCACAUCCGGCGCAAGCACAACAGCGAGAUGAGCUUCGACUUCACGCCCAACUUCGAUGCCGACACCCUGAAAGCCAGCUUGGGUUGGGCAAAGAGCGAGAACGUGGAGCUGCCCCUGCUCACCAUGGACCGCGAGGCCUGCAAGUACACCACCUGUCCUGUGAGAGCCGGAGUGAAGCAGACCUACACCACCCAGGUGCCCAUCGAGGCCAAGUUCCCCCUGAGUCCCUACACCAUCCGUUGGGCUCUGAAGGAUCCGGUUUCGCAGAAGCGCUGCUGCUUCACCAUUGACAUCAAGGUGGUGCGCUGAUCGCUUUGAUUUGUGUUAUCGCCGCAUGUGCACUUAAUUAAAUAGUGAAAUUAACCUUUUUUCCCAUAUAAAAUAAAUUACCGCGACGUUUAAAUGAUGUA